CGAAGUCUGAAAAAUAAAUUUACAAAUGGAAGCACAAAACGUAGAGAUUUCGACAAGACUUACCCCAGAAAUGAAAAACCAGAGAACCAUAGAGUUACUCUACAAAGCGUUACAGCAAGGAGACACCUCGACGGUGACCAAAGUGGUGGCCAGUGACGUGGAAUGGUGGUUCCAUGGACCGCACCAUUGUCAACACAUGAUGAGGCUGCUAACAGGGGAACCACGGAGCCAGGUUUCGUUCAGGUUUGAGCCAAGCAGUGUACAAGUAGUGGUGCCUGGUCAUGACUGCGUGAUUGCAGAAGGGUGGGAGGGUUCACACGUGUACUGGGUUCACGUGUGGAAGUUGAAAGACGGAGUCGUCACGGAGCUAAGAGAGUAUUUCAACACAUGGCUCACUGUUACAGACUACAGUCUUGGAGCAAUAGGAUGGGACAUGGGGCGUUGUACGGUUUGGGAGAGCGUACCAAGGGACCUGGCUCGUGGAUCGUUGCCUAGCUUGCUGUUAGCUAUUUAACUAUAUAUAUAUAUAUGGACUAAAGAGUAAAUUAAGUA